AUGCAUUGGAUUUCCAUUGCCGCUCUUGUCAGCGCUUCGCUGUUCCCUGUGGCCAGUGGUAGCCCAUGCCGUCCCCAUUCGACUACUACCUCUAGGAUUUCUACCACUGCUGUUAGUGUUGAGAGCUCAAGCACCGCGACUGUUGAGAGCCCUACUACCGUCACCACAACCACGAAUGCCGAGAGCACAACAGCCAAGGAGUUAACUUCAACUACCAAAGCCGAGACAACCUCGACCAUUGAAGCUACUACUAGCACUACAACCACUGCGGCUGCCGGUCCGACCAACGCCGUCCAGAACGCCGGAUUUGAAGAUGUGCCAAACACGGCCUGGGCUCUACAAGGCACCACCAUCAUGGACACUGGACUGGCCCACACAGGCACCCAUUUCCUUGAAAUCGACGUGAGCAAUAACUUUGCCAUUGGACAAAACAUCGCCACCCAAGUAAUCACUGGUCUCGACACCACCCUCUCGUACCAGCUCGCCUUAUAUUACACUGUAUUCAGCAACCCGACGCCGGUUAUCAUUCCUGUCCCCUGUAAACUUUGCGACCCUCGACUCAUACCAGCAAUAUAG